AACACAAUAAUUGCUGAGUCGUCACGUGCUACACGGAUGCGGAAGUGCGAAACUGUUGUUUUGCUAAACGAGUGGCUAUCGUCGACACAUUUUUUUUCCAUUAUACUGUUUUUGUGGUCUUAAACAACACUCAUGGUCAGGAUGACACAGAAGCACUGCCUGGAGGGCCAGGUGUACUCGGUGCCUCUCAUCCAGCCCGACCUGAGGAGGGAGGAGGCUGUUCAUCAGAUAGCGGACGCACUGAUGUACUUGGAGAACAUUUCUACAGACAUCUUCAGAAGGGUGUCAGACAGUGUCGAGAAAAACCGUCACCAGCUCAAGAGCAUCACUGACCGGAUCAGACUAGCUCAGGCCCGUGUCGACAAGAUUAAAGGCAGCAAGAAAGCCACCAAGGUUUUCUCCAGUGCCAAGUACCCAGCCCCAGAUCAACUUCAGGACUACUUGUCUAUCUUCGUUGGAGCUACAGACCCCUCUUCACAAACCCGGCCCCGACACAGAAUACAGAAUAAACUGCGACCCUUUGAUGAAAAGGCUUUGCAGGAGAAGUUAAUGUAUUUCCCUGUGUGCGUGAGAAAUAAGAAGAAGACUGAGGAUGAGACAGAAGAAGGAUUGGGCAGUCUGCCGCGUAACAUCUCAUCUGUCAGCUCUCUUUUGCUCUUUAAUACCACAGAAAAUCUAUAUAAGAAAUAUGUGUUUCUUGAUCCUUUGGCGGGAGCAGUGACAAAAACGCACACAACACUAGAGACGGAAAAAGAAGAUAAACCAUUCGAUGCUCCUCUGUCCAUUACAAAGAGAGAGCAACUGGAGAGACAGAUAGCAGAGAGUUAUUUCUAUGUGCCAGACCUGGGUCAAGUGCCUGAGAUAGAUGUGCCGUCCUACCUGCCAGACCUGCCAGGUAUUGCAGACGACCUGUCUUACAGCGCAGACCUCGGACCUGGAUUUGCCCCCUCGGGACCCACACACAACAUCCCCGAGCUGCCCUGCUUCUCUGAGGAGAGCAGUGCACCAGGAACUCAGCUCCAGCUUGAUGGCACACCACCUCCGCCACCUCCCCCGCCCCCUCCUCCGGAGCCUUCCCUCCCUCCCGCAGCUCCGGCGUCAGCUCCUCCUCCGCCACCUCCACCACCCCCUCCUGCAGACAGCUCCGCAGAAGUUUCCCAAGUGCCAAGUUCAGGUCCUGUGUCGGGUGCACCCAGCGAGGUGGUCCAGCCGUCAGAUGGCCGUGCCAGCCUGCUGGAGUCUAUCCGCAACGCCGGGGGCAUCGGCAAAGCCAAGUUACGCAACGUUAAGGAACGCAAGCUGGAGAAGAAGAAACAAAAGGAGCAAGAACAAGCAGUGGGAGCGGCCGCCGGUGGUGGAGACUUUAUGUCUGAUCUCUUCAACAAACUUGCUAUGCGACGAAAAGGAAUAUCUGGUAAGGGUCCAGCUGGUGGAGAGUCAGGUGAUGCUCCGGCCGGUCCUUCUGGGGCAUUUGCGAGGAUGUCAGAUGUCAUCCCUCCACUUCCUGCCCCACAUACAGCGACAACAGACGAUGACGACUGGGAAGCGUAAUGGACAAACACCACAUUCGAUGCCCUUUGAUACAGUUAUUUAAAAUGAUUUAAUUUCCUUCUAACACAGAAAUACUAUUAAAAAAAAUGGAAAAUGCAAAUGAUCAAACAAUUUACUGAUGUUUAAUUUAAGCAGAACAUGUUAAACGAUGAUGAUGGAACGGAUCUGCAGGCUUUGCAUUACAUAACACAUUGCUUUGAAUUCUACGAAUAUUUCAAACUUCAGGAGUAAAUCAGUCACAUGUAUUUGCUAUGCCAGCGCUGUGCCUGAUAUGUGUGGUAGCUGUUCAGUAAGUAGUUUUUAACAAGCCAAACUUAAAAAUAGAUGAGAAGUCAUUUUCUUUUAUGAGAUUCAGACCGAUAACCCUGACUAGAAGUGUUAAUUGCCCCGUUAGCCUUUGUUUGCAUCGUGCCAUCAAAUUCAUCAUUCUCCAACCAUUAAAUAAAACGAGAUGUAGAGUGUACAAAAAAUGAAAUAUAUAAUAAAUAUGAAAACUGAAAAA